AAGGAUGGAAGAGCUGUUGGAAUCUUGUUGACGACAUUCGUAUCGAGUUAUUCCUGUAGAUCGCAAAUGAGUGUACAUUCUGUUGGGAGUAUUACGAUUGACUAUGUCUAGCCGUUCGAGUUCAGCUCCCCCUAACCAAAGCGAUGGCGACAGCGAGUCGAGUGACUCUGGUGUUGAUACGCUGUCGAUUUCUACGAGAAGUAGUUUCCCCCCGGAUUACAUGGAUUUGGACGAAUUUCUAUCCGUACAAACGCAGAACGGACAGGAAAAUUCAACAGUCGCUACCACAAAUACCAGAGCAGAGGUUCCUCCCAUACCAGAUUUCUCAAAGGCGGCUGCUGAUGUAAGUGUGUUGACGUCGAUGAUGUUGUCGAAAAUGUCCUCUCUUCCUUUGAAAGUCGAUCCAGCCGUUUUUCAAUCCCUGCAAGUGAACACUUCUCAGCCACCAGAGACUAAUGCAAUCAUUCAGUGGUGCAAAACAGUUGGAGUGACCAGGCAGGAACACCCCGAAGCCAUGGGUCCCGAGCCGGGCAAAACACCGGUACGAAGGCGUCGCAAUUCCAAAUAUGUGUACAACCCUCUGCCGAUCACAAAGAAGGCUGAUAGGAAAUUCUUCAGUCAAUCAGAAAAAGACGAAAAAUACUGGGAACGCAGAAUAAAAAACAAUGUGGCCGCCAAAAGGUCGAGAGACUUGAGACGUCAGAAGGAAAUCGAAGUCUCGGAGAAAUUCAAGAUGCUCGAGAGGGAGAAUGCCAAUCUCAAGGAGGAAGUGCGCAGGCUACGGAUGAAAGCUUCUGAGCUUGAAAAGAAACUUGCUCACUUCCAAGGUGCAGAUAUGUGAUAAAACAUGGACAAUGUACAGUUGCGAUGUAGUUAUAACUACAAUGUGACAGUAAUUUAUAACAACUUGUUACAUCUCGUGCUCUAUACUACCCUAAGUUUCUGAGUGAACUUGUUGUAAAUAGACUGAACAUAUAGGCUGGUGAAUGUAAAUAUAAGACUUUGCGAGAUGGCACGACUUGCAUUUUUUCUCUGCGAGCCCGAGACUUUAAAAAUGGGAGCAUGAGGCAUUAAAUCAUAAAGGCAGUAAGGCAUCCUUUGUAAAGACACUCGAUGAAAUCAGGAAUUUGUGACUUUCUUAACUUUGUAAAAUGUUGAGUCUGACUGCGAGUGCACAUAGCUGUUAGAAAUAGAGAGACUGCCAGAUCUGGGAAAUGUGAGACCCAUUGUUUGCCACCCGUACCAAAUGUUUUGCGUUCCACCACUGUAUUGUGCGGAAGAUAUCUGUACCUUUGUUUGGAUUUACCCUCCCUUUCAUCCCUCCCCCCAGAGCACCAUCCAGAUUAUACUUUAUACUGUUGUUUGAGCAAAACUCUCUGAUCAGAUGGUUGGGAACCUCUGGCUGAAGUAACGAUGCCCAUAUUAGGUAACAAUCUGUACAUAACAAAAUUCCAUUCUAGUACUGCACUGUCACUGGUGAAGUCUAGUCUUUAACCAUACUUAAGGUUUCUAAUAAGUAAUACAUGCAUUAUGAUGUAUAUACAUUAUGAACAUGGAGUAAUGAGGCUCUUUGUAGGAAGCUAAUGACAUAAAACAUAGUAGACUAUUUGAAUCAAAGUUCCAAGUGAUGAUACUUUGCUGGUUAUGAUUGAUGCAAGAGUGCAAACUUAAUUUAAGACUGAAUUUCCAAAUGAUGGGCCGUCCUUUCAGUCACCAUUGGUGAAAAUAAUAAAGCAGGAACAUUUUCUCUAGUAAGGGGUGUUGCUUCCAUUUUGGUGUGCAAAGGAAGCCCCCCCCUCCCUUGUACGUGUUGCAUAAGCUGUCAUGAUGGCUGUAAUCUUUGAUCUAAUAUUUCUGUAACAAAAAUAAUCAAACUACAGGGAUUAUUAAACAGUGCCACAAUGAUAACCCUGA